GAAGAGACGAAGGAAGAAGGGACGGAGACGAGUGGAGAGGGGAGUGGAGCGGACGGGAAUGAAGGAGAGCCUGCCCCUCCAAAGAAAAACGAAGCUGCAGAAGGGAGUCCCCAACCAUCUGGGCAAGAGGCAGCACCUGGAGCAACGGAUUCCCCAAAAAGUAAGUUCAAAGAAACUUCAGCCUUUGAUAACUUCCCGAAUUUAGAACUGGGAAGAAUGGCAAACUCAAUUGUGCCGGCAGUGGUCGCGGCAAUUGGAGCGGCUUUGCUAUAG